AUGUUGCCUGGGACGAACUCUAGCUUGCCUCCAAUUUCACUUGGAGGCAUCGCAAUCGUGCUUCUAGUGUCGUUGAUUCUCAAGUUUCGCAAUGUAGGAACCCGUGGCAAAGAUAUGCCACCAGGCCCAAAUACGACGCUUAUUCUGGGGAACGUUCUGGAUUUUCCAACUAGUCUUCCUCACAUUAAGUUUCUGAAAUGGACUCGGCAGUAUGGCGAUAUCUUUUCACUCAAGAUAUUUGAUCGUACUAUAAUCGUCAUCUCUUCACCAAUAGCUGUGAAGCAUAUACUCGAAACUAAUGGCGCUCGUACUGGAAAUCGGCCCCAAUCCAAGAUCGCCAACCGUGUAACAAGGGGCCAGAAUAUGUUCCUAGAAAGCAUGGAAAACCCAGUUUGGAAGCGUGGCAGUCAACUUGUGCGCAACUUUCUUACCCGCGACAGCCUUGAGAAAGAUUUGAAAACUCAAGAGGACGAAAUCUCACAAUGCAUGCACGAUAUGUUGGAAGAUCCAAAGAACUUCUACCGCCACGUUUGCCGCACAACGGCAUCGGUCAUACUUACGAACGUCUAUGGCGUACGUGUAGCCAAAUAUGAAGGCUCAGUUGCAGAAACAUACUUCCUGGGAACCAAGCUUCUAAGUGAAUCUCUGGACCCUGGUGCGCACCCUCCAAUCGAUCUUUUCUGGCCACUUCAAUACGUACCUAAGCGAUGGGCAUAUUGGAAACGGCUCGCGGACUCAGCACGUACCGUUAGGGAUGAGCUAUAUGGUUCCCUAUAUGCGCAAUGCGAGCUGGCAGUUAAGAGCAAGAAUUUCACAGGAUGUCACAUGGAAUCAUUGGUAUCGGAUCAAGCCAAAUUAGGCAUGACUCGAGAUGAGAUCAUUGGCAUAGGCGCGGUUCUGAUGGACGCUGGAGUCAAAACAACUGCAACUUUUAUUCAUUCCUUUAUCAUCGCACUAAUCAACUACCCUGGAAUUCAGAGAAAAGCACAAAAAGAGAUAGAUACAGUUGUGGGUCCUGACCGCUGGCCAAGACUGAAAGACUACGAAAAUGUCCCGUAUAUUCGCGCCAUUGUCGACGAAGUCAUCCGAUUCAAACCGUCGGCUCCAGUUGCUAUUCCCCAUGUUAGUACUGCAGAAGUGUGUUAUAAAGGUUAUCGUAUUCCAAAAGAUUCUACAAUAUUCCUGAAUGUGCAUGGUAUCUCCCAUGAUCCAGAUUUCUUCGAUCACCCAGAGGAAUUCAGACCCGAAAGAUUCCUUGAGACGGAGUUUGGCACAAAACCGGGCGUCGACACGACAGGGUUUCGGAACAACUUUACAUUUGGAGCUGGUCGCAGAGCAUGUCCAGGAGAGGCGCUGGCACGCCAAAACAUGGCACUAACCAUAAUGAACUUUCUUUGGGCAUUUGACUUCAAGAAAGAUGAUUCAGGGACCGGCGGGUACGAUCUCGAUUCAUAUGAAAGACCGGGAAUCGAGCUGGCACCGAAGGAAUUCACAUGUGGUGUGCUCCCCCGAUCAGUGGCGAAGGCAGAAAUGAUUAGAAAUAGGAUGGUAAAUGCGUAUGGGGGUACCCAAGGGUAG